AUGGGCUCUCUCCCAGUCAGUGCUGAGCUCCUCGUCAUCGGCGCAGAUCCUGUUGGCCUCUUUGCCGCCUUUUGUCUCGGUCAAAUAGGGAUUCGCGUCACCGUCCUAGAGAAGGAAAGCGGCCUCUCCCAGCUUCCUCGAGCCUGUAUGUUCUAUCCCCAGCCACAGUUCGCUCUGGCGGACGCUGGAAUAUGGAAAGCCAUCAUCAAAGGCGGCGGUUUUCGAUCCACUGGGAUUGACAUACGUCUUCCGCCAACUCCAGAUGGGAACGAUCGAAAGGUUCCAGGCCAGAUUGUUGGGUCUUUCCCCAAAGACCCGAACCAUGACCCUCUUGGCACAUCUGUCAGACCACCGGCAAUCAGCAUGCUCAACAUGGCCCAACCCGAAUUCACAAAGAUCUUGAUGCAAAGCGCUCUCGAGACUGGAGCAGCAACUUACACCAUCCAUCAACGCUUGGCUUCUAAAUUGAGACAUGGAAGGUGCCUCUUGGCCGGGGAUGCGGUACAUGUGAACAAUGUUAUUGGUGGUCUGGGGUUGAGCAACUGUCUGAUGGAAGCUGUGGCUCUCAGCGAUGCUCUCAUCUUGGUCCUGGAGGAGGGCAAACCUGCCAAUCCUGUGCUGACCAUGCACUCUGACGAGCGUCGUCAGGUCUUUCAGUUCUUCAUCGACCCCGUGUCGUCGUGGAGCAAACUUAGAAUACAGGCAGGCGAGCAUGAUGACUGGUUCUUCCGCUGCUUGAAAGAUACUUCGAGUGCUGCGUUCGAGAGAUGGAUCGAUAUGAUGGAGAAUUUCUGGCCCACGCGAAUAAAAGAUAUGGCCAAGGUCAUGUGA